AUGGUGCGACGAGCUCGGGAGCUACUGCAAGAGUUUCGGGACGUUCAGGACAGGCCAUCUUGGACCUCCGUUCAGCGCUCAAGGCAGAACUGGUUGCCGCCGGACUUAGGAGUUUAUAAGCUUAAUUUCGACGGCGCCAUCUUUGAAGGUUCAGUGAGAGCGGGGUUGGGGGUGGUAGUGAGGGAUGCUGAAGGUAUGAUCAUAGCUGCAAUGUGCCAGAACAUCCAACUUCUUAGCUCAGUUGACUUGGUCGAAGCCUUAGCCGCUUGGAGAGCUAUCCUAUUUGCCCAAGAACUCUGUCUUGCUCACGUGAUGGUGGAGGGUGAUUCACUGAAGGUCAUUACAACUAUUAAUAACCCACAAAAGAAUAGGACACAGUGGGGUCAUGUUGUUGAAGAUAUUAAAAAAGCCAGCUCUUGGUUCCAAACUUGUAGCUUCGGUCAUGUCUAUAGGGAGGGGAAUAGUUUAGCCCAUUCUCUAGCUAAAAGAGCAGUUUUAUCUGCUGAUUUAGAUGUGUGGUUAGAAGAACUACCAUAG